UUUUUCACUUAAAUUCACUAUCUACUUUUUAGAUCAAUCAUCCAAAUCCCUAAUUUCUAUCGUUAAUCUCUUCUUAUAUACCAAAUUCUACUCAAAAUUAAGCUAUUGGAGUGCAAAAUUUGGGGCAAUUUCACUCAAAUUGAAGAUUUCUACGCCAAUUUCUACCAAAUUACAAGCAAUUUCUUCCUCAGUGUAGUCUAAUGGCGGUCUUGGAACCUGCGGAGCAGGACACCAUGUCUCCGCCGAAGAAGAAACAGCUUUCUGAAUAUGAUAAAAGAAGGAAGAAGAAUCUUGUGCCUGGAGGAUUGUUGAAGGCUGAAUUGAGACCUGGUGGAGGAGAAUCUACACCUUCUGAUGGUGAUCAGGUAAUCUACCAUUGCACUGUGCGUACAAUGGAAGGAGUUGGUGUUUACUCUACCAGAAAAGAUUUUGGAGGUACGGGAGCGCCUAUAAGGCAAGUUUUGGGUAAAAGCAAGAUGAUACUGGGAUUGCUUGAAGGAAUACCUACAAUGCAGAAGGGUGAAGUUUGCAUGUUCAGGAUGAAAUCUGGGAUGCAUUAUGGUGAGCCUGAUUGCCCAGUUCCAGUCUCAGAGGGCUUCCCAAAGGAUGUUGAUCUCAACUUUGAGAUUGAACUCGUUGAUUUUGGCAAAGCUAAGUUAUUUCUGAAGAUCUUGGAGUUGUGAAAAAGGUAUGAAAAUGAUCACAAUCUUGUAUGGCAUAUAAAUUCCAUUUUUCUUAUCAUAGUGUAAUGAACUGAAACUCUUGUCUGGCAAAGGUUUUUAGAUUCUCUUCUAUAGUGUAAUAAACUGAAAUUUUGGGCAUAAAUUAGAGGGAGAUGAACUUGAUUGAUAAUAUGAGAAUUACAGAAGAUAUAAUUGAUAUUGAGCUUUUGAGAGUCUCUCUUUGAAACUAAAAUGAACACUUGAUAAAAUUCUUCAUCAUUUAUGUCUUCCUAAUUUCCUCUGAUAAUAGAUUAACUGAUCUUCCUCUUUUUGUUGCUCAAGCUACUUUUAAUCGAAUUGUAAAGCAAUUCCUAAUUUGUCCAUCCCCUAUCCCCAAUGCAUUACACAUAGCAAACUUGUCGUAAAACUGAGAAUAUAAUAUUCUAGAGACGUGUUCUAGGAGAAAAAGAAAGUAUGAAAAGGUUUCACAGUGCAGAAUGGUUGUCUUAUUUAUUUUGACUCAUGAUUUUGGAUUGUUAAUACAGUCUGCAAUAGAAUUACUUGUUCAGAUUCUGGUUUCCUCUGAUCCUUGUCUGGUCUGAGUGUUUUGAUAGGUAUACAUAUGUAUAAAUUAUACCGGCAGGUAACCUGUGGUAUAUGUGAUUGAGUGAUGCUCUUCGAUAUAAUAAGUGUCGAGAAGUUAAACCAGUUGACAGAGCCACAUAUCAUUUUCUCUUCUUUUAGCAUGAUACACAGUGGCGGACCCACGUGUAGUCAUAGUGGGUCCCAGGACAACCUAUUAUUUUAUUUUAAAAAAAAAAAAAAAACUAAUUUUUUUUCACGAAUCACGCUUUCCUCUCUCUGUACUCCUUUAUAUCUAUUUCUUGCUGUACUCCUUCCUCUCUCUCUCCUCCAUUUAAGCGUACUCGAAAUUCUCCAUUGAAGGGGCUUCUGAGCUUUCUCUCCUCCAUUGAAGCAGUCUCUAAGGUUAGAUGCUUCUUUUUCUUUAAUCAUCUAAUAUUAAUUUUGACAAUCUAGUGUUAAUCGUGUAUUUAAUUGUCAGUAUAUUCUCAAUUUAGGGUUCUUCGAAGUUGGAUAAUUGAACUAUUGGUUAUAGAUAGUCGAAGAAUUGAACGUAAUUUUUGGAGUCUAGUUUGAUAAUUGAGUCAAUUUUGGUUGCUAAUUUGUGAAUUGUAGUUUAUUUAUUUUAUUUUACAGGGAAAACACAAAUUCACAAAUUCCGAGGGGUGGGGGAAUGGUUUCAGGGGUAGGGGUUUUGAGUUUAUGGCGGUUUCGGGUCAGGGAAAGGGGUGGGGGUUUCGGGUGGGGAAAGGGAUGGGAGUUUAGGGUGGUUUCGGGUUGGGGAAUUCAAGUUUUGGGUGGUUUCGUUGGUGGGGCUGGGGCGGGGGGUCUAUUGCGCUCAUGUGGCUUUGGAAGGAGGGUGGUUUCGGUGGUGGUGCAGGCAGAGGCGGACCCACAUGUAGUGGCCAUUACUCUAGCCUAACAGAGUGAAGCUAGGAAUUGUGAAAAUGUUUGAUGAGCAAGAUUUAGUGGCCUAAUCUUUUCACCUUUUCUCAUUCACCAGCGAUUAUAUUAGACGGUAGAAUUGCUCGACUUGGGGACCUUUGUUUUAAUAACCUUGAAAGAACCCUUGUAUGAUUUAGAUUUGAUUAGGAAUUCCUUUUGUUCCUUUCCUCAUAACUUGAGUUUCCCGUUGCACUCACUGGGUUAUGUAACUCAUGUUGGAUGAACUUGUAAAAUGAAAAUGUUAGUGAAAUAAACAAAUGAACUUAUGAGAAGUUUAGUGUUGUGGUAUAUCUGGUAUAUCUCAUCUGACUGCCUUCUUUGUAGAAGCAGGGUCCAGAAACAUACCCAUUUAAGACCUGAAUAUUAAGUAGCUCUUAAUUGAGAUAGUUGCAGGUGUGCUUUUGCUAGGAGUCUUAUUGUAGAAGAAGCUCGAUCAGAACCUAGCUUUAUUUAUGGUAAGAAGUUUCUAGUCUCUGAUUGGAUAUGUAGGAGGGCAAUGUUUACUUUAGCCCUGUACGAUUACUUGAGAAAAAAUAACUUAAUGUUAUUUUUUCUGGUUUAAUUUGAGAUGAACGCUCUAGAGAUUUGAAGAUAUUAAGAAAUAGAGUGGCAUUUGUGUGAGGCCAUGGGCACUAAGAAAGGCAAAUUAAUAACAAUGUAGUGCCCGCUGAGUUCCUACUUUUGAGAAACUCACUAGCAUUGACUCAUUUCUAGAGCAUCCUUUAUUACUUAGAUUGGAUUAUUUUUCUGAGUUUUUGAUUGUAAGUUGACAUGAACUAUAGCUUGCUGAAUUGAGCUUCCUAAUUAACUUAUGAGCAGUCCUAGCAUAAGAUGUGUGUAAAGGUGUUAUUUUUAUAGUUAAUGGGUAGUUGAUCAAGGAUUGGUGACUGUUGAUGAUUGAAUAGGGCCAAUAGGGGUGAACUUUGUCUUGGUAGCAUUGUUCAAUGACUUAUGCACAAUUCUCCUGUGACUGUAUGGGAGUGUCUUAUAGAGUUUAUUUAUAUUACUUUAGUUUAAAUGGUAAUGCUUGCCAUCCAUAGAAAAUGAUGUUUAUAGAUAUGAAUGCUUCUGACAUUCUGAGCUUUGAGGUAGAAUAUUUGCUGGUAACUUGGUGUUUUAAAGCAAGAGAUUUGUUUGAACAAACAUUGACUAAUUGUCAUGAGACCAUGUAUACCGUACAAGGGAAGUAGAUUUGCAUUGACAUAGACCCCAAAAAAGGUGUAUUUAAGUUUGUGUUGAUUGUUGAACAUUUAGGUUGAGAUCUUUCAGGGAUUUAGUUUAGAGUUCAAGUUUUGUAUAGUACAAGGUCGAUGGACGACGAUACAAGCUUUAACUAUUAUACAAGCUUUGACUAUUUUUUGAUAUUAUAUGCGGUCGAUGGACGAUGAUGGGACAACCUAUUAAUCAAAUCCUGGAUCCGCCACUGUGUAUGACAAUGGUCCGCCUAAGACUACGUUAACACAUACGAUAGAAACUUUACCUACUUAAAUCUUAAUUAUAAAUGUGUACGAAUAAAUCGAUGAACUAUACAAACUUGGUUGUUAUUUGUUAAAUAAACGUUUAUUAAAAAAGUUUUAGGACUAACUGACAACUAGCUAGAGCUUAGCCAGUCAUACUGCCGUUUUAAUCUUAUUUUACCCAAUUGAUUUGAGUACAUCACUAUUCACUACAUCAUCAUUGCAAUAAACAUUUCAAAAUUAAUUUACAAAUUACUCCAUCAAUUUCAAAAUUUGGAUUUAUUUGCUUUUUAUAAAAAAAAAAAAAAUUAAAUAUUAAAGGAUAAUUCAUCUGCGUAUAACCUAAUUAUUAUUAAUUUUUACAAUUUUGAUAUUACUAGGCUGGGAAAACAAUCGCCUCUUUUCUACUCAUCUCUUCUAGGGUUUCUUUAAAUUCUUGGCCAUUUAGGCCGGAAAUAGUCAAAUUUCUUUGAAAACUAGACUAUUUAUGACCCUUCCCCUUAAUUUUCUUUAGGUUUCAAUAAAUCUACACGAGUAGUGUAAAUAUUCGUCUGUCUCCCUAUGAUGGAGUGUCUCCCUAUAGUGGAGUCGUUAGGUUUUGUUAGUUUAGUUGUUUGUUUAUAUUUAGAGUUUGUUUGUGUGUUAGAGUUUAUAAAAAAGGUAGUCAUCUUUUGCCCUAAUAUCAAUUCGUUGGUAAAGAUUUGUUCGGGAUCACAACGGUUGUCAAAGUUUCAAAUGUGUUCAAGUGAAUCAGGUGAAAAUCAUCCUUACGGCUACAACAAAUUGUUAGACCAUCUGUUCGGAAAAGCUGUAUAUUCCAGCGAUGUGUGCGAGAGAUGUAUCUCAAUGCAAGAUUUAUUCAACGUCGUAGCUUUGAUGAAGGAAACCUUAAUUUGAUUCAAUUUUAUGUAUUUGUUCAUUUAGAUUUCAUUUGUAAAUGUCAUCGUAUGGCUUUUUAUUAAUGAAUUGUUUUGUUUUAAAAAAGAAUAUAUAUAUAUGUCGGGGAGCUAACAUGUUGGCUAUGUCUGAGGAGCUCUUUUGGCUUGGUCAUUUGCUACAAGUUUUGUUGUUGGCAAUUAAUUAAUGAGGGCAAAUAUGUAAACAAAUAUUUCGUAUUAUUAAGAGCAUAAAUGUUUUCACAC